AUGGCCCGCGACGUCGUGCCAGAAGUGGUCCUCGACGAGUUGGGCGAGAGUAUCGCUCCCGCGCCCAAGCAACACUCGCCAUUCAUCGGCUUCGCGGCGGGUAUCCUCUCAGGAUGGACAAAGUUGAUAGUCGGGCAUCCGUUUGAUACCAUCAAGACACGACUACAAUGCGCCCCACCAGGGACCUUCAACGGCGCGUGGGACUGUCUAAUCAAGACGGUGACGAAAGAGGGCGCCUUCGCAGUGUACAAAGGCGCCUCAGUCCCCGCCGUAUCAUGGGGCAUAACCGACGCGAUCCUCAUGGGCUCGCUGCACAACUACCGCGCAUGUCUCAAGGAUGCGGGGUUUAGCGAGCCGAACCCAGACGGAACGGGCAGUCGGUUGACGUUGGCGGGACAUAGUAUUGCGGGCUUGUUUGCCGGGUGGACAAACGCGGCCGUCGCACACCCAACAGAAACGAUCAAGUGCAAGCUCCAACUACAGCUCGUGCAGCCCGAACACGUGCCGAAGCAAUACUCUGGUCCGAUCGAUGUCGUGCGUCAGACUUGUGCGGCACAGGGUCCAUUGGGGAUGUGGCGCGGUCUCGGGGCGAGCUUUAUCUACCGCUCGUGCUUUGCGGCCAUGUUUGGAGGGUUCGAGAUCUUCAACCGCCUGUUCAACAGCUGGAAGGGGACGUCCUGGGAGAUGUCGCAGGGUGCCGCCAACUUUGUCGCCGGCGGCAUGGCAAGUAACAUGUACUGGUUCGCUGCUUUGCCACUCGACAAUGUCAAGAACCGGAUCAUGGUCGACUCGCCCACCGCCCCGCGAUACAAGGGCGUUUUCGACACGUACCGCCAAGUCUGGCGGGAGACGUUUGACCCCAAGAAGGGAUUGGCGUGGAACAGUGCUGCGCGCGUACGCAAUUUCUAUCGCGGAUUCGUGCCGGUCGUGUUGAGGGCGUUCCCGACAAACGCAGCGGCACUGGCAGUGUGGGAGGCGACGAUGCGGUGGGCCACAAAGUAG